AUGCCCGUAGCCAAGAUUGCUCCCUCGAUGCUUUCCAGUGACUUUGCCUGUCUUGCGUCAGAAGCCAAGCGGAUGGUUGAUGCAGGUGCCGACUACUUACACAUGGACGUCAUGGUAAGCUUGGAUGGCCACUUUGUACCUAAUCUGACUUUAGGUGCUCCAAUCGUCAAGUGUCUGCGCAAGCAUACAGACGCCUUUCUUGAUUGCCAUCUCAUGGUAACCAAUCCCGAACAAUGGGUUGAUUCAUUUGCAGCAGCUGGAGCCUCUCUGUUCACUUUUCAUAUUGAAGCAACAGACAACGCUUCCAAACUCAUCGAUCGUAUUCAAGCAACUGGAAUGAAAGUAGGCAUCAGCCUCAAGCCAAAAACUGAAAUCGAAACCAUCAUUGAUCUUAUUCCCAGGCUAGAUCAAGUUCUGAUCAUGACUGUUGAACCUGGAUUCGGCGGUCAAAAAAUGAUGCCUGAAUGCUUGGAAAAAGUUGCAGCUUUACGAUCUAAAUUCCCCAACCUUGAUAUCCAAGUGGAUGGUGGUAUUGACAUACACAAUAUCGGACUAGCUGCCAAAGCCGGUGCAAAUGUCAUUGUUUCUGGAACUGGUAUAUUUGGGCACCCUUCUGCUCCACUAGCAAUCCAAACAAUGCGAGAUGCAAUAAAUAAAGCCAAUGUUUAA